GCGCAUCGCAUACAUACACAAAGUCAUCGUUCCUUUAUCUCUUUUCCUUUAUACUUCUUUACUUUCUGAUAUCAGCAUAUAUGGCAGCAAAGCUAAUAUCCACCGGUUCUCGUCACACUACUUUACCAGAAAACUAUGUUCGGCCACUCUCCGACCGUCCACAUCUCUCCGAUGUCUCUCCACUUGAAAAUUUCCCUCUCAUCGAUCUAUCUUCCACAGAUCGAUCUCGGCUCGUCCAACAAAUCCACCAAGCUUGCUCCCGAUUCGGGUUUUUUCAGGUCAUAAAUCACAGAGUUGGCAAAGAAACAAUUGAUGGAAUGCUGAGUGUUGCGAACGAGUUCUUUAGCAUGUCUAUAGAGGAAAAAAUGAAGUUGUACUCGGACGAUCCAACGAAGACGACGAGAUUAUCAACGAGCUUCAAUGUGAAAAAAGAAGAGGUCAACAAUUGGAGAGACUAUCUUAGACUCCAUUGUUAUCCUAUCAGCAAGUAUGUCCAUGAGUGGCCUUCAAACCCUCCUUCUUUCAAGGAAGUUGUGAGUAGAUAUAGUGCAGAAGUAAGAGAACUGGGAUUUAUAAUAGAGGAACUGAUAUCAGAGAGCUUGGGCUUAGAAAAAUAUCACAUGAGGAAAGUUCUUGGUGAACAAGGUCAACACAUGGCAGUCAACUAUUAUCCUCCAUGUCCGGAGCCUGAGCUCACUUAUGGUUUACCUGCUCAUACCGACCCAAAUGCCCUCACCAUUCUUCUCCAAGAUGCUACCGUUUGUGGUCUGCAGAUCUUGAUUGACGGUCAGUGGUUCGCCGUUAAUCCUCAUCCUGAUGCUUUUGUCAUCAACAUUGGUGACCAGUUCCAGGCAUUGAGUAACGGAAUAUACAAAAGUGUUUGGCAUCGAGCAGUAACAAACACCGAAAAACCGAGACUAUCGGUUGCAUCAUUUCUGUGCCCAGCUGACUGCGCUGUCAUAAGCCCGGCAAAGCCCUUGUGGGAAACUGAAGAGGACGAGACUAAGCCAAUAUACAGAGACUACACUUACGCAGAGUACUACAAGAAGUUUUGGAGUAGGAAUCUGGACCAAGAACAUUGCCUUGAGAACUUUCUAAACGACUAGAUACUAUACAUACAUAUGUGUCUCUUUGUAUGUGUAGUAGCAGGUUCGGCCAGGAGCGGAUCCAAAAUGAGUUUUAGUGUGUGUGGCACAAAGCUAUUUUCUUAUAACUCAAAAGUUAUUGUAGAUUUAGCUGACUAAACUUAGCACUAGUUAUCGACGAAAAAAACAAAAUAGGGUGAGGCAUAUGCUACACCCCCUUAUGUCUUGGGUUCACUUUUGGGCCCCGUCCUCUGGGAAGAAGUUAAGGAAGUAUGGACUUCAGAGCUUCGAUACUAUAAAAUAUUUUGGGCCUUAAUUUUCCAAAAUAUUUUGGGGUCUAAUUUUCCAAAAAUAUCUUAGUCUUGUGGUCUAAGUGGAGUUAUUUUUUGCUCAAUAUCCUAAGUUCGAAUGCAAGCCUCAUUUUUUCAGCCUUUUAUUCUUAUUAGAUUCUAGUCUUAUCGAAGCAUACACAUAUAUAUCCACUUACCCAUCUUUCAGUUGAUUUA